AUCAAUUCUCACCAAGGAGGUCGUCAAUACCGAAUCCCGUCUGCGGGUCUCACAUCAGAACUCUAGCCAGGCCGGGCAGGCUCAGUGCUAGGGGGAGGAGCCCCUUCCGGGUCAGUCGGCUGAAGUUGCUAUCAGCCGGGGAUAGGACAACGCGCGCCGGCCCGCUUUACGGCAAAGGUGUGCGCGUUUGCGACAGCAUGACGCAACCGCUGCGCUUGGAGUCAUGGCAGUGCCUUUUGUGGAAGACUGGGACUUGGUGCAAACUCUGGGAGAAGGUGCCUAUGGAGAAGUUCAACUUGCUGUGAAUAGAAUAACUGAAGAAGCUGUUGCCGUGAAAAUUGUAGACAUGAAGCGGGCCAUAGACUGUCCAGAAAAUAUUAAGAAAGAGAUCUGCAUCAAUAAAAUGUUAAAUCAUGAGAAUGUAGUGAAAUUCUAUGGCCACCGGAGGGAAGGCAAUAUCCAGUAUCUAUUUCUGGAGUACUGCAGUGGAGGAGAGCUUUUUGACAGAAUAGAGCCAGACAUAGGCAUGCCUGAACAAGAUGCUCAGAGGUUCUUCCAUCAACUCAUGGCAGGAGUGGUUUAUUUGCAUGGAAUUGGAAUAACUCACAGGGAUAUUAAACCAGAAAACCUCCUCUUGGAUGAAAGGGAUAACCUCAAAAUCUCUGACUUUGGCUUGGCGACAGUGUUUCGGCAUAAUAAUCGUGAACGCUUACUAAACAAGAUGUGUGGUACUUUACCUUAUGUUGCUCCAGAGCUUCUAAAGAGAAAAGAAUUUCAUGCAGAACCAGUUGAUGUUUGGUCCUGUGGAAUAGUACUUACUGCAAUGUUGGCUGGAGAGUUGCCGUGGGACCAGCCCAGUGACAGCUGUCAGGAAUAUUCUGAUUGGAAAGAAAAAAAAACCUAUCUCAAUCCUUGGAAAAAAAUUGAUUCUGCUCCUCUGGCUUUGCUUCAUAAAAUUCUAGUUGAGAAUCCAUCAGCAAGGAUUACCAUCCCAGACAUUAAAAAGGAUAGAUGGUACAACAAACCAUUUAACAGAGGUGCAAAGAGGCCCCGAGCCACUUCAGGUGGUAUGUCAGAGUCUUCUAGUGGAUUCUCUAAGCACAUUCAUUCCAAUUUGGACUUUUCUCCAGUAAAUAGUGCUUCUAGUGAAGAAAAUGUGAAGUUCUCUAGUUCCCAGCCAGAGCCACGGACAGGGCUUUCCUUGUGGGACACUGGUUCCUCCUACGUUGACAAAUUGGUACAAGGCAUCAGCUUUUCACAGCCUACGUGUCCUGAUCACAUGCUUGUAAACAGUCAGUUACUUGGUACCCCUGGGUCCUCACAGAACCCCUGGCAGCGUUUGGUCAAAAGAAUGACACGCUUCUUCACCAAACUGGAUGCAGACAAAUCUUACCAGUGCCUGAAAGAGACCUGCGAGAAGUUGGGCUAUCAGUGGAAGAAGAGUUGUAUGAACCAGGUCACUGUAUCAACAACUGAUAGAAGAAACAAUAAGUUGAUUUUCAAAAUAAAUUUGGUAGAAAUGGAUGAGAAGAUACUUGUUGACUUCCGGCUUUCUAAGGGCGAUGGAUUAGAGUUCAAGAGACACUUCCUGAAGAUUAAAGGGAAGCUCAGUGAUGUUGUGAGCAGCCAGAAGGUUUGGUUUCCUGUUACAUGAUGAAGCUGUCAGCUCUGGAGACUCCUGGUGACUAUAGUGCUGCUAUGUUGACAUUAUUCUUCCUAGAGAAGAUUAUCCUGUUCUGCAAACUGCAAACAAUAGUUUUUGAAGAGUUCUCUUCCUAUUAUCCAAACAUCUUCCAAUUCUGAGUAUGUUUUGCAUACAAAUAAUACUGUAUUUUAAUUGUAUGUAAUACUUUGGGGAAAGGAUGGAUCAAAUUCAUUAGGUAUUUCUCCAGCUGUGUUUAAAUGGUCUGAAUUUGAAACCUAUCUGGUAGAAACCAACUUUUGGGAUACAUGAGUUUGCAAGCUUUUAUACCAAUGUAGUAUGACUUCUGAAAAAAAAAAGAAAAUGAGAACAUUUUGCUUCAUUCUAAGAAAACAUGUUUCUUCUCUGCUAUUUAAUUGUAAGGAUGAAUAAACAAAGACCAUGUACAGUUGAUUGAUCCAUGAAGUGAGCCUGCUACAAAGAGUGUAUCCCAAGAUAUGUGCUGUAUUUUCACUUUGGGUGUGUGCGCUGCACAAGGGCUUGACCAGUUCUAGAAAACUGUUGUUGAGUUAUAAUGAUUAAAAUUACAAGCUUUUUUUUUCCCCCCUGGUGUAGCUAGUCAAGUAUAAAGCACUGGUUGGUCUUUGAAGAAGUUGAACAUAAGCUCUGGUGCUUAUCUUACUUUAAAUUACACACUUGAGUAACUUUUUGUACAUUCACAGUCAUAUUUUAACUCUAGAAAUAAAUUCUAUUUUUAAAAUCAA